AUGGCGGCGCCUUCCCCGUCUCCCUUUUGCAUUAGAGGGACGUUUAAUCUCUCAACAAAUAAGACGCAACGCGCGGCAUCCUCCUACACGUACAAGUCAGGCUGCAGCGCCCGGUACAGUCAAGAUGCGCGUAUUCCUGACCAUAUUCUCGAAGAAGACGACGAAGAUGAUGAACAGGUAAUUUUGACAAUGCCAGGACAAGGAGUCGCACCCAGUACCCAGUACAUGCGUGGUCAUGGGUGUUAUAUUGACCCGUCAAGUUCGGAGAUCGUGUCCUCAAUGAGCGGCAUUGUUGAGCGUGUCAAUAAGCUGAUCUCGGUGCGACCGAUCCGCACGCGCUACCGCGCAGAAGUGGGGGACUUGGUUGUCGGACGCAUCAUGGAAGUGCAAUCGCGAAGAUGGAAAGUCGACAUCGGCACAACCACCGAUGCAUCGUUACAGCUGUCGUCCGUCAAUUUACCGGGCGGCGUCCAGCGCAAGAAGCUAGAGUCAGACGAAUUACAGAUGCGCAUGUUUUUCCAGGAAGGUGAUCUGGUCGUUGCAGAGGUACAGUCCGUGUUCCAAGACGGAAGUGUUGGAUUGCACACGCGAUCACUACGAUAUGGGAAGCUUCGGAACGGCGCUUUGGCUGUAAUACCACCAGUUCUGGUCCGAAGGCACAAAAGUCACUUCAUAACGCUGGACAAGUUGCCCGAGCAUGGGAUUGAUUUACUGUUAGGACUGAAUGGAUACGUGUGGGUGUCGAAACAUAUUGACUUCGACGUCGCAAAGGCUGAGGGCGAAGGGGGGCAUCACAGUGUCGCUGCCCCUCCGGCAAUGCAGGUUGGAGCUAACGAGAGUGUAGGACUUGGCGGACGUGGGGUUGCUAUGGACAUUGAUGGCGUUUACAGUGAUGUCAAUGAGCCUAUAUCAACGGAAACCCGGCGGUCCAUCACAAUCGUUUGCAUAGCCCUUGCUGCAUUUGUCCACCACGGGAUUACUGUUACGGAAUCUUCAUUGGAGCGAGCUUGUGCAUGGGGAAUCGAGCAAGCGGAUUUGUCAGAUCCGAUUACUUUGGCACACAGCAUGAUCCACAUGAUUCGGCGGCAUAACAAUGCGUAA